AUGAUUUUGUCAAAUGCCUUGACAGUUGGGACGCUUGCCAUACUCCUGUUGCUGUCUAGAACGCCAACGCAAUCGUCUCUUCAAGUCCGUUCCGGUUUCCAUCAUGUUCCAGGACACGUGCCAGUGUUGGGUCACCCGAGAUUUGCAUCGCCGCGGUUUCAACGUAUGAGUUGCUUGCUCGGCAACGUUCAUCGACGGACUCGGUCUUUGACGUUUUCACCUGACUCCAAGACUCUUUGUCGGCCAUGCAGCGAACUGGAGCAGUCAGCAAUAUUGCGCGCAGGCUUGGGACCAGAAUUGGCAGUUGCUGCGGGCUAUUUUCAUACCUGUGCAGUGCGAGCAGAUGGUCGGUUGGUCUGCUUUGGAGACAACAACGAUGGACAGUGUGAUGUGCCAGCAGAUUUGGGACCGGUGUUGGCAAUCGCUGCGGGCACUUGGCAUACCUGUGCUGUGCGAGCAGAUGGUCGGUUGGUCUGCUUUGGAGACAACAAAUAUGGACAGUGUGAUGUGCCAGCAGACUUGGGACCAGUUUUGGCAGUCGCUGCGGGCGGUUCCUAUACCUGUGCAGUGCGCACAGAUGGUCAGUUGGUCUGCUUUGGAGAAGAAGAAUUGGGACAGUGUUGUGCGCCACCAGACUUGGGACCAGUUUUGGCAGUCGCUGCGGGAUUUGGGCAUACCUGUGCAGUGCGAACCGAUGGCCGGUUGGUCUGCUUUAGAGACCGCAGCAAAGCUGGACGGAGUGAUGUGCCAGCAGACCUGGGACCAGUUUUGACAGUCGCUGCAGGCGGUUUUCAUACCUGUGCAGUGCGAGCAGAUGGUCGGUUGGUCUGCUUUGGAGACAACAACGAUGGACAGUGUGAUGUGCCAGCAGAUUUGGGACCGGUGUUGGCAGUCGCUGCGGGCAUUUUGCAUACCUGUGCUGUGCGAGCAGAUGGUCGGUUGGUCUGCUUUGGAGGCAACAACCAUGGACAGUGUGAUGCACCAGCAGACUUGGGACCAGUUUUGGCAGUCGCUGCGGGCACUUACCAUACCUGUGCAGUUCAAGCCGAUCGUCAGCUAGUUUGCUUCGGACACAGCGAAUUUGGUCAAUGUGACGUUCCCGACCACUGGGAAGACAAUAUCUAUGUUCAACCUUAG